UGGGGUGAGGCUGGGGUGCAGGAUCUGUCCCCUUUCCCAGGUAUGGGGGAGGCUGGCGGAGCUGGGGGGCAGCUGCCAGGGGUCCUGUUGCCCACCCCGGCUCCCGAGGUGCUGGAGGGGGUGCUGAGCCAGCGCUACGGCCCCCUGCCCUGCCCCGCCGCCAUCACCCGCCUGCGCCGGCAGCCGGCUGGGGGGUACGAGCCCACCAGCGACCCCGAGGGCAUGCUGCAGCGGCGGCAGGCCGCCAACGCCAAGGAGCGCGAGAGGAUCCGCACGCUGAACCGCGGGUUCUCGCGGCUGCGCGCGCUGGUGCCGCUGCUGCCCCGCGACCGCCGCCCCAGCAAGGCCGACACGCUGCGCGCGGCCGCCCGCUACAUCGCGCUGCUGCGCCGCGUGCUGCGCCGCGGGGGCGCGCAGGGCGACGCUGCCGAGCCGGAGCCCGGGGCCAGCGGGGCGGUGCCGCUGGGGGGAGGCGGGGGCCUGGCCUGGCCCCGCCCUCCCUGCCCCCCUGGGGUGGCCCCACCCUGCCCCCCGGCCCAGCGGGGGGGCCGGUUUUUCCAGCCAACCCCUGAACGCCCCCCCGGGGGGUCCGGCGGGGCCCAUCCUGACGGCCGAGUCCAACGGCGGGGCGCUGAUUUCUGGGGUGCUGGGGCCAGACCCAGCCCUGCGCCGGGGGGGGGGGGGGGGGGGGGGGGCUGAGCUGUAAUUAAUUACUCUAUGCAAAUAUAAUUAGCAGUGCCCCUCCCCCCUCCCCCCCCUCCCCCCCCCGGUAGCGGCACCCGAUUCACUGAACCUUAAUAAAA